CUUCUCAAAUGGCAGGAGCUUCCUCCCUUCUCCUGCCAAUGAGCAGCAACAGCACAGCUCGAUGCCAGCCUCCAGGGCUUCACCCGGCCAUCCCAGCAGUGUUGGCCAUCCUCUCAACCGGCGGCUUGGUCUUCAACGCCUUCAGUUUGUGGAUCUUCUGGUUCACCCUCAAGCGCUGGAGCUCUGGCAUCAUGCUCCAGUUCAACCUGGCCUUGGCUGAUGCCAUCAUCCUCCCGGUCACUCCUCUGACGGUUGCCUACUUCAGCUUGGGCAACCAUUGGCCCUUUGGGGAGUUCCUUUGCCAGCUCCAGGUCUUCUUGCUCAGCACCCACCUCUACGGCAGCAUCUACUUCUUGAUGCUCAUUAGCGUCCACCGGUACCAAGCCACAGUCCACUACAACGCCAGGUUGCUCUGGAAGAAGAAGUCCUUCUUGAAGAAGCUCAUUAUGGUCUUCUGGAUUAUCCUCUUCCUGCAAGGCUUCCCCGUCUUCUUCUCCCUCAAGACCUCCAUCAUCGACAGCAAGGUGAAGUGCCUCAGCAUCUACCAAUCGGAGCACUCCGAACUCUACCUGGCCUACAGCAUUUUCCUGGGGAUCCUCUGCUUCCUUCUCCCCUUCGGCGUCUCCUUGGCCUCCUACGUCAUGCUCGGAAUGGCCAUCACCAACAUCAGUCAAGCCAACCUCCGAGGCCGGGUCAUGAAGGCCAAGUCCAUACAGAUGAUCACCAUUGCGUUGGUCAUUUUUGCCAUCUGCUUCACUCCUCUCCACAUUUGUGGCACUGUGGCAGCCAUUGCAAGGUAUUACGACCUGCCUUGCGAGAGUCUCCACAAUGUGGAGAUUGCCUAUUAUUUAUCCGUGGUCUUCACCAUGGUCAACUGUUGUCUAGAUCCGUUCCUCUACAAUGCUGCUAAUGAGAAAUUCCAUAAGUUCUUUUUCAAGUCCUUGGGAAAGCUGCUCUUCUCUAAGUGA